ACUAGUCGAUUCGCAUCGCAUCGUCAAACAAAAAUGGUUGUUGCGACGCCUUCGUAAAUCGCAUUAUUAUUGAUUAUGUUUAACCGUUAGCAGUGUUUGUGAUAUUCUUGUGACGAGCAGGAAGAAAACAAAUGCAAAAUGUUGGAAAUUCCGUUAAUGACAACGGAUGAGGUGAUUGAGUUGGAUCCGGAACAGUUACCGGCCGGAGAUGAAGUGCUCGGUAUUCUGCAGCAGGAGCGCUCGCAGCUCAGUGUUUGGAUCAAUGUUGCGCUUGCUUAUUACAAACAAAAGAAGAUUGAUGACUUCCUCAAAAUCCUGGAGGCGUCCCGUGUCGACGCCAACAUGGACUAUCGGGAUGUUGAAAGAGACCAAAUGCGAGCCCUCGACAUGCUUGCUGCAUACUAUGUACAGGAAGCUAAUAAGGAGAAAACCAAAGAUAGAAAGAAGGAAUUGUUCACAAAAGCCACUCUGCUUUAUACCAUGGCUGAUAAGAUCAUCAUGUAUGACCAAAACCAUCUCCUUGGCCGAGCCUACUUCUGUCUGCUUGAAGGAGACAAAAUGGAACAAGCAGAUGCACAGUUCAACUUCGUACUUAACCAGUCUCCUAACAAUGUUCCCUCUCUUCUCGGCAAAGCCUGCAUAGCCUUCAAUCGUAAGGAUUACAGGGGAGCGCUGGCCUUCUAUAAGAAGGCACUGAGAACUAACCCUGAUAGCCCUGCGGCAUUGCGGUUGGGUAUGGGGCAUUGUUUUAUGAAGUUAAAUAACCAGGAGAAAGCUAGGAUGGCUUUUGAAAGAGCUCUUCAGUUGGAUCCACAAUGCGUUGGUGCGCUAGUUGGCCUGUCCAUCCUCAAGCUCAACCUUCAAGAGAAUGAGUCAAACAAAAUGGCUGUGAUUAUGUUGUCGAAAGCCUAUGCUAUAGACCCCAAGAACCCGAUGGUGUUGAACCAUUUGGCAAACCACUUCUUUUUCAAAAAGGAUUACAGCAAAGUACAACACUUAGCUCUCCACGCGUUCCACAACACAGAAAACGAGGCCAUGCGUGCAGAAUCCUGUCACCACUUAGCCCGAGCAUUCCACGCACAGGGUGACUGCGACCAAGCCUUCCAGUAUUACUACCAGGCCACUCAGUUUGCGCCACCCAUCUUCGUACUACCACAUUACGGGUUGGGACAGAUGUAUAUCUACAGAGGAGACACUGAGAAUGCCGCGCAAUGCUUCGAGAAAGUCCUCAAAGCCCAACCAGGUAACUACGAGACCAUGAAGAUCCUCGGUUCACUAUACGCCAACUCAGCUUCUCAGUCAAAGAGGGAUAUCGCCCGGCAGCAUCUGAAGAAGGUCACUGAACAGUUUCCUGAUGAUGUGGAGGCUUGGAUAGAACUGGCGCAGAUAUUAGAACAAAACGACUUGCAGGGAUCCCUAAACGCGUACAGUACUGCCAUGAAAAUCCUAAAGGAGAAAGUAAACGCAGACAUCCCAGCGGAGAUAUUGAACAACGUGGCGGCCCUACACUACCGGCUAGGCAACCUGCAUGAAGCCAAGACUUACCUCGAGGAAGCACUGGAAAGAGAGAAAGUAGAUGCGGAAACCCUAGACGCCCAAUAUUACAAGUCCAUAGCUGUCACGACCACGUACAACCUGGCCAGGCUGAACGAAGCCCUCUGCGUGUACAACAAGGCCGAGAAACUUUACAAGGACAUCCUGAAAGAGCAUCCCAAUUAUAUUGAUUGUUAUUUGAGGUUAGGUUGCAUGGCGCGCGACAAGGGCCAGAUCUACGAAGCCUCGGACUGGUUCAAAGAGGCCCUGAAAGUGAACACGGAACACCCCGACACAUGGUCCUUGCUUGGAAACCUGCAUCUCGCACAGCAGGAGUGGGGCCCGGGACAGAAGAAGUUCGAGAGAAUAUUGCAGAACUCUUCGAACGCUAGCGACGCUUACUCACUCAUAGCUUUAGGAAAUGUGUGGCUACAAACGCUACACCAACCGUCCAGAGAGAAAGACAGAGAGAAGCGACAUCAGGAACGAGCAUUGGCCAUGUACAAACAAGUCCUGAAAGUGGAUGUGAAGAAUAUCUGGGCCGCGAACGGCAUUGGAUGCGUUCUAGCACAUAAGGGUUGUGUGAACGAAGCCCGCGACAUUUUCGCACAAGUGCGAGAAGCCACAGCAGACUUCCCUGAUGUUUGGAUGAACAUCGCUCACAUCUACGUUGAACAGAAGCAAUACAUCAACGCUAUUCAGAUGUACGAAAACUGCAUUCGCAAGUUCCGCAUGCACCACGACGUGGAAUGGCUUACCUGGCUCGCGCGCGCGCACGGCCUCGCCGGCCGGCCUCAGGCGGCAAGAGCUGCCCUCCUACGAGCUAGGAGGGUCGCCCCACACGACACAGCAUUGUUGUAUAAUGCUGCGUUGACACUGAGGAGGCUAGCGUCACAUGUACUGAAAGAUGAGAGGAGUUCAUUGGAUGUUGUAUUGAGAGCAGUUCACGAGUUACAGGUUUCGCACAAAUACUUCCAACGCCUCGCGUCAACCGAGAGCGGCGAGGGCGCCGAGCGCGCCCGCUACGAGCCCGCCGCCGCCGCCGCCGAGGCGCGCACGUGCGCCGACCUGCUCUCGCAGGCGCAGUGGCACGUGGCCAGAGCGAGACGGCAGCACGACGAGGAGGUCACCAUGCGCGACCGCCAGAGGGAGCAGAGGGAAGCCUUCAGGAAGCAACAGGAAGAAGAGCGCCGCCGCCGCGAAGAGCAACAACAGAAAAGCACCGUCGAACAACUGCAGAAGCGUCAAGAGUUCAAAGAAAAGACCAAAAACGCUGUACUCUUCGCCGACAUGCCUCUUGAGGAGAAGAAGAAAGGGGGUAGAGGGAGACGGAAGGACGAAUAUGUGUCCGACUCGGGCAGUGGCAGCGAUCGGCCCAAUGAAGAAAAACGCGAGAAAAAGAAGAAGAAGGAGAAAGGCGAGGGCCGCAAGGGCAAGAAGCGCCGCGACCGCGCCUCCGGCUCCGACAGCGACCGCCCGCCCACCAAGCGCGGCCGUAGCAAGAAAGAAAAAAGGGGUAAAAAAGAAAAGGCAUCCAAAGCGGCCGACGAGAAGCUCAGCGCCAAACAGCGGCUCAAGAUCGUCUCCAAGGAAACCAUCUCCACGUCCGAAUCCGACUCGGACGCGGGCGGCCGCAGGUCCCGCAGUCGCAGUCGCAGCCGCAGUCGCAGCGGCAGUCGCAGCCGCAGCGGCAGUCGCAGUCGCAGCCCGCCUGCUAAGGGAGGCAGGAAGAGGAUUAUGUCCAACAGCGACAGUGACAGAUCAAGAUCCAAAAGCCGUUCCAAGUCCCGUAGCCGAUCUCGCUCCGGUUCAGCCAAGAGCCGGUCACGUUCAAAGAGCCGCUCGCGCUCCAAGUCUGGCUCGCGAUCGAAGAGCCGGUCACGUUCCAAGAGCCGGUCCCGGUCGAAGAGCGGCUCUAGGUCGAAGAGCCGGUCAAGGUCUAAGAGCCGGUCGAGGUCGAAGAGCCGGUCAAGGUCUAAGAGCCGGUCGAGGUCGAAGAGCCGGUCAAGGUCUAAGAGCCGAUCGAGGUCAAAGAACCGGUCAAGGUCUAAGAGUGGGUCAAGGUCCAAGAGCCGGUCAAGGUCGCGGUCUAAGAGCCGGUCGAGGUCGCGGUCGAAGAGCGGCUCGAGGUCACGGUCAAGGUCAAAAAGUAAGUCGCGUUCGAAAUCGCGCUCCAGGUCCAAAAGCAGGUCCCGCUCUCGUUCCAAGAGUGGCUCCAGAAGCGGAUCAUCCCGACCUGAUACCCCUGUCUCCAGGAAAUCUGUGUCGGCCAGCGAUGACGACAAUUAGACUUAAACACACCCGAUUUGUCAGUAAAAUUUCUAUGGGAAGUUGGAAACUAUUAAGUUUCGCAACAUAAUAAAAAUACAAAAUUGUUUUAAAAUAGUUCUAGUAUAAGAAUUAUGAGAGACAAGAGGUUUGAUUGUGUAUAGGCUUAUUAACGAAACUACACUUGGCAAGAUUUCGUCGCUACUUUGAAUAAAUCUCGUAUCUCACACUCCUCACAGUUAAAACGCAGUAACUGUCUAGGUAUUACAUACAUUGUUAAAUACUACAUUUUUCUUAUCAGGCAGAUGAAGAUACAAGUUUUUUUUUAAAGUAGUAAUGAAGUAUGCAAUAUUCCGUGAUGCACAGACAAUGCUGCAAAAGAGUAAUUUCUCUUACUCCAAAAGUAGCUUCAAAAAUGUGUUCUUCCGAUCUAUUUACUCUUGUCUAGGAAAUGUAUGUCGGUCAGCGAUGACAAAUAUUGGACUUGGAACUUAUGAAAUGCGAGAGAGAGAGAGAGAUACGUGUUCGGUUGUGUAUAUAUGUUUACAUUUACAAACGAAACUACACAGGAUUUGUAAUGAAGUAUGCAAUAUAUCGUGAGGCACAGACAAUACUGCAACACUGAAAAAAUAAUGCCUAUGCGGGUUAUUCCGAAUACCUACUUAGUAACAUUUUUUUUGACCAUGGAAACCAUUUCGAGAUAAAAUAUAUUGAUGAAAUAUUUAUAAGUGCAUAUUUAAUUUACUUCUUCCAUCUUUAGUUCGGUAGCCACAAUGUCAUAGAUUUGGUACUCGUCAAAACCUUUUAUUUAAUUACAGUACACGUGGAACGCUGUUUUCUGUUCAUAACUGUAAUUGCCAGCAUAGCUUUAUUACUCUUUCAGUACAGAUGGUGUUUUUUACGCACUAGUGCGAGAAGGGGUUCAUUAUAUGUCAGGUCGAAACUUCGGAGGGCCAUCUGUACUGAAAAACGUCGUACGAUACACGUGCGAAAAGGAAAUUCGUAACUCGUGUCAAUAUAAAACACUCCCUUCGGUCGUGUUUUAAUUUAUCGCCACUCGUUUCGAACUUUCUUUUUUACGCACUUGUAUCGUAAUCGUGCUAAUUAUUACUUUCAUGCUAAUUCUUCUACAGUACCGGUCAAAAAUUUAAGUUCACUCCUUGUUUUCAGUACAAUUGACUGCUUUAGAGAGAUAGUUUUUUGUAGUUCAGACGUCAAAAUUUGUUUCGUAAACAAUUUAUAUUUUUUUAA